GUUCGACUUGAUGCUCUUCAGUUCGGUAAGUCUCAGUACUUAUACAUUUUGCUCAGUGUAAGGUAGGACAUAUAAUGGGCGGCUCAUUAAAGCUCAUUAGCCGAAAUGUCCUCGACCGGGCGAGCCUUUAUAUAAGACCGGCAGCCCGCAUUCUGACGAAAGUUCUAAAUAGUCUGCAAAAGAUGUCGGAACAUCAUGAAAUGAUGUCGACUUUUUAUAAGUAUCAAGUUUGGUAUUUCAAUUUCUUGGGCAUGUGGCAAGUGGCUUCAUGCGCCAGUCGGUUGCAGCGCGUGCUGCAUCAACUGCGCUGCUGCCUCAUUCUCAGCAUUGUGGCCAUCAUGCUGCUCUUCUUUGCGAUUCGUGUGCUGGCCAACAUCGAUCAGCUGAACGUGAUUUUGCAAGUAUUCUUCAUGUUUGCCACCGAGGUAUCGUGCAUGUCCAAGCUUCUGAGCAUCAAGUUAAGGAAUCGAAAUCAUGCCCAGCUCAUCGAGGAAAUGCAUUCGCCUUGUUUUCGCCCGAGCUCGAAGAAGGAAGCGUUGAUAUUUAGCGGCGGCGCCAAACGAGCGAAAAUCUGGCGUAAUUUCUAUGCCUCGGCGUCGCUGCUGGCCGCCAGCCUGAUCCUGGUCACUCAGUGGUUCGUGGAUAACAAUGCUCUGCCUCUGUCCAUGUAUGAGCCAUGCGAUUUGCUCAGCUCCGGCUGCUACUAUGGACUUUACUUUUAUCAGGUCAUGUCGCUGAUGCCUACCUGCUGGCUGAACAUUGCCUUUGACUCGAUUGCCGCUUCGCUGCUCUACUUUCUGGAGACACAGCUGGCCAUGUUGUCCGCUCAUCUCGAGAGCUUGGGCAGUGCCGAAACCAUCGAGGAUAAUCAACGUAUUGCUCGGGAAUUACGCAACUGCUGCAUACACUAUGCACGUAUCUUUCAGCUAAAGGAUCUGAUAGAUGGUUUUAUUAAGGUGCCCGGUUCGGUGCAGAUGCUCUGUUCAGUGCUGGUGCUCGUCUCCAAUUUCUAUGCCAUUUCUAUAAGAACGAAGGAAACUGCUUUUAUGAUCAUGAUGGCAUCGUAUCAAUUUGUUAUGCUGCUGCAAAUCUUUAUUAUUUGCUAUUCGGCCGAUGAGAUGAGCUAUCAGAGCGCAUUGCUAUCCCAUUCGUUAUACAGUUCCGAUUGGACCAGCUGGAACAAGAGUAAUCGGAAAUUGGCUUUAUUAAUGAUGCUGCGUUUUAGUGAGCCGCUGCAUAUGCAUACCUUGAAUCAUUCACAGUGCUUCAAUUCGACCACUUUUUCAUCUAUUGUGAAUUGCUCUUACAGCUAUUUCGCUUUGCUCAAGCGUGUCAACAGUUAAAUUUGCCGCAAAACUUCGCUCUUUACCACUA